UCCUGUCAUUUAUCGUCUCUCUUCAAACACAAACACAAACCCUAAAGACCCUAAACCCCAACUUAAAACCAAAAGAAUCCAAACCCUAAAUCCAAUUAAAUUCCAAAACCCACCAUCUUCUUCUCUCUUCAGCUUGACGCCCUCUCUACCUUUGAUACAACAAACUCUAACAAAAAGCCCAAUAACAAUCGAAAAAUCCUCUCUCUGAACUCAAGGUAUAAUGUUUUAUCUAAGCAAGAUUGAGCAUACAAUUCCUCUGCCUCCGCAUUUGCUGAGCCGUCCUCUUGUUGAUGCGAUCAAGGAGCAGCUUGAGAAGUUAUUUUUGGACAAGGUUAUCGCUAAUUUAGGCCUAUGUAUCUCUAUUUAUGAUAUUCAAUCCAUUGAAGGUGGCUUCGUAUAUCCCGGGCAUGGCUGUCCUACAUAUAAGGUUAUAUUUAGAUCAGUAAUGUUCAGACCAUUUGUUGGGGAGAUUCUUACAGGAAAGAUUGAGGAAUCUGGCGUUAAUGGUUUGCGUUUGUCUCUUGGAUUCUUCAAUGACAUAUAUGUUCAUGUGCACCUGUUGCAGCAUCCGUGCCAGCUGGGACCAGAUGACAUAUGGACAUGGACGUACGACUCCUCAGAACUUCCAUUGGAUCUUGAUGAGAAGAUAAGGUUUCGAGUAAAAAGUAUUAAAUACCCGCCUCUCCCGAUUGAACAGGAUGCUGAUGCAAAGCCUUUCGCUCCGAUGGAGAUUACUGCGGAAAUCUGUGCAGAUGGAUUAGGCCUGGUUUCUUGGUGGGAAGAAUAGUUGAACAUAAUUGAGCUAAUUGAACAAACAAGUGAAGAUAAAAAGAGAGUUAUGUAUUCAUGUAACUGGAUCAUGUGCAUUUUACUUGUAUGUUUGUCAAAUUUAUAAGUCUAAAAGACUCCGUUUCUUGCUACUUUCUGUUA